AAUUUUGUGAAAAACCGCGAGAUGCGCAUCUCGUGCGACUUUAUAAACGAAAGAAAAGCUGCGAAUCGAAGAAAUGCGUGACAAAAUUAGAGGAAAAAAAUUUUCGUUUUGCCUUUUUAAUGUGAUUCCCAUUAUGUAAUGCCUUUAAUUUUGCCAAGAAAUUUUUGUUUUUUUCGCAUCACUCGAUAAUUUUAAGUCAGUAAUUUUUGAUGUCAAGCCACUUUGUCAGGCCAAAAAAAAAAUGUUAAAUAAGGGUAAAAGUAGAAAUUGACAAAAACUGAAAAUUUGGAUUUUUUUACUUAUAUCGAAGUGUGCUGUAUGUUUUUGUAGGGUGUACGCAUACACGCAAAUUGUAACUGAAAAGCUUCUAAAGGACAUCCGGAUCGGCAAAGAGACGACGAGCAACGCCCCAUCGAGCUAAACAAAAAGAUUCACAGGCACGCAAUGUCGGGUCGCUAUUGGGACGAUAAAAUGGAAAAAAGUCACCAUCAUCGACAUCGAGACGACGAUCGACGUCGCGAAUACCGCCGACGUUCCCGUAGCAGAGACAGAGAUCGCGAUCGACAUCGUCGUCGUCGUUCUUCAAGCUCACGUUCACGUUCCAGAAGUCGUUCUCGCUACGAUCACCAUCGAAGGCAUCACAAAAGUCAUCGUCGUUCCUCGUCGCGGGAUCGAAAACCACAAAAAAAUGAUCGAGAAACGCACGCAGCACAAAAAAAGGAGGAAAAUCGCCCAAAACCCGCAAGUGUCGCAAGUAAAUCCGCCGAAUCGACGCAAGAUGGCUUCGAUUUCGCCUCAAUUCAGAUGCCAGAAAAGGAAAUUCAGUACAUCGGAGGCGUUGAAUCGGAAGAAGAACGCAAAAAAAUUCACGAACAGAUGCAAGAACGGCUGCGGAAACUCAAAGAAGCCGAACCGAAGCCGUUGCAACGCACAAAACCCGCGUGUUUGGUGAACGCGACGCCCUUCGCGAAUGACGGAUCCUUUUUGGAAAAGUUCAAGGAGAUGCAGGAACGCUUUUCGCAGCAACAGGAGACGCAACAACGCGAAGACGACCGUUUGCGAUUGUUGCCGAUGAUUGGAAGGCGUCGCGGCGGCAAAAUAUUGAAAACGGGCAUCGUCGAAAAACCCAAACCCAUUGAGGAUAACACGGCAGAGGGCGGCGCGAAAGACGCUUGGAGCUUAUAUUUGCAGGAAGUGAAACGCUACAAAAAUGCAACUUGUGAUCCGGAUGCUCCGAGUCGAUCUCUCGUCAAAUAGAGCCUUAAAAGCAUUUUUUUUCUUAUUAGAUUUUAAGAUUUCGUAAAAAUUAAAAAGUAUUCAUCACCAAAAAAAAAAAAAAUUUCACAAAAUUGUGUGUUCAAAAAAAAAAUUUAAUUUUUUUUUAUAAAAAAAAAAUAAUUU